AUGGUCUUGCUCAAUCUGCAUGCAUUAAAGUCAAAGACAGUUACAGUGAUACCGAAACAAGCAGCACCUCGUCCUGAAAGCGAAGCAGGUUACGGUAACGAAUUGGGUGGUGCAGGUAGUGGUCGUGGUUCCAGGGCGGAUGCUUUGAGCCCAUUUGGAGUAGGCUCUCAUGGAAAGGGACCAUUUGGUUCUCAUGGUGAACCAGGUCCUCCAAGUGGAUAUAGUCCGGUUUCCGGAGUAGGAAGGUACGGUGGCGGUCAGACUCCAUUUGGAUCUCAUCUCGAUCACGGAACGCCAGCAGGUAACGAAGAUGCGUGUGCAGGACAACAAGGACGACACGGUGACGACUCGUACUCCAAAUUGAAUUCUUCCCCUGCUCACCCUCAUGGAUUCAGUGGAACUCUCGGACCAAGUAAUGAUGGAAGAGUAAGUGGUAAGUAA